CAUCGACCGAGCAAAUGGUGAAGCUGAGCUGCUCACAGUCCACGCUUUGGGCAUUGCCUAGCAGCUUGCGUGCGCUGAUACGAGCUCGUCUCGCGGCAUCCCAUUCAAAUGCCUUGUCGACAGAUGCAAGACAGCAGCCCGUGACAAUCGAGGGAAAAAAAUAUCCCGCAGACGAGUGGACUAACAUUCCACCAUCAAUAUUGGCGAACUAUGGCCGAAAGCUACAUGUUCAGCCAAACCAUCCCAUCUCAAUCACACGGAAGCUGAUUGAGUCUCGAUUCGACGGCUUCCAAAAUCACAACGAUCUCAAGCCAGUCGUGACAGUGAAGCAAAACUUUGACUCCUUAGGCUUUGCAGCGGAUCAUCCAGGCCGCAGUAAGACCGACACGUACUACCUGAACAAAGACACUGUCUUGCGGACGCACACCUCAGCGCACGAAGUCGACGUCUUUCGGGCCAACACAAGCAACGGCUACACCAUAUCAGCGGAUGUCUACCGCCGCGAUGCAGUGGACAGGAGUCACUAUCCCGUGUUCCAUCAGAUGGAAGGUGCCCUGACAUGGGAUCGCAAUACUUUUCCCGAUCGACAUUCUCUCGUCAAGCAAAUCGUCACAGACUCUGAAACCAUUCCCAAGCAUCAUCUAGUCGUGGACGAUCCCAAUCCGACUUUUCAUCCAGCGAGAAACCCGCUACAGACCGAGUUCCAUUCAGCAGAGGAAGCAGAGGCGAUAGCCACUCAUCUCAAACGAUCACUAGAGAACAUGGUCAUUGCAAUCUUCAAUGAGGCUGACAAAGCUCUUGCUGCUGCUGGACAGGGUGUAGAGGCCGAACCAGAGCCAUUGAAGGUCCGCUGGGUCGAGGCUUUCUUCCCACACACUUCGCCUUCAUGGGAGCUCGAGGUUUGGUGGCGAGGUGACUGGCUGGAGGUCUUGGGCUGCGGCGUCAUUGAUCAACCACUCCUCAACCGAGCAGGUGUGUCGUCAAGAGUUGGCUGGGCAUUCGGCAUCGGUCUUGAGAGGAUUGCAAUGCUUCUGUUUGGCAUUCCAGAUAUCCGGCUAUUUUGGAGCAAGGACCAACGAUUCUUGUCCCAAUUCGACGAGUCAAAGCCUAUCAAGCGAUACCAGCCCUUCAGCAAAUACCCUGCAGCACCGAGAGAUGUCGCUUUUUGGCUGCCCAAAGCUGGUCCACUGAUUGUCGAGACUCCAGCUUCUGUUUCAUCUGCGCCUUCUCCAGCCGGCGGACAGCCCACGGAACCUCCAACCUCCCUCGCAGCUCCUGUGUUCCACGAGAACGACUUGAUGGAAGUGGUUCGCAACACUGCAGGCGACAGCGUUGAAGAUGUUGCUUUGAUUGACGACUUCAAGCAUCCCAAGACCGGGCGGCAAAGCUUGUGCUAUCGCAUCACCUACCGAAGUUUGGAAAAGACACUCACGAACGAAGAAGCCAACUCCCUGCACGAGCAGAUACGGAGCGAGCUGGUGAGCAAAUUCGGCGUGGAGUUGAGGUAG